GAAUGCCCACACAUCCUCACUUUUCAUACGAGUGAAAACAGGUGCGCUCUCCUCCAUCAUCUCAGUCACUGUUGCCAUAGCAACCCUCUCCACAGCAUCAGCGUCAUCCCCGCGAGCAGCAAGUGGUCCCCACCUCAGAGAAAAACUGCGGGGCACUUUUCAUUUUGACUCAUCUUUCUGAUGAAUAGACACCGGCGUUAUCUCGAACCCACCUUAGGCAGAAAUUUAAAGGGAAGUUACGUCGUCUCUAAAAUGAAAAGGCAUACAAUGUCUCAUUAUGUUUCGCAACGUCUCUCAGGGAACUUAAUACGUCUUUGCAUUUUGAUUAGCUCUAGGCUGAAAGCAAAGAAUUGUUCCAGACAAUAGUUGGCUUUGUUGCAGCCAUUUUGAAGUGUUUGACUGCGUUUUGAAGUGUGUGACUUUUCUUCUCUUCUCUAGGAUGCAGUAAACACCCUCAUCGAUCCAUAAAGGGGCUUUUCUUACGGACUCUCAGUGUUACAGAACCUCGGGAGAUGUAUGGCAGCGCGCGCGCCGUCGGCCACAUCGAGGGCAGCCCUGCUCGCUCGCCUCGGCUGCCCCGCUCUCCUCGGUUGGGCCACCGUCGAGCCAACAGCGGCAGUUCGGGCGGCAAGACCUUAUCCAUGGAGAACAUCCAGUCCCUCAAUGCCGCCUACGCAACAUCUGGCCCCAUGUACUUAAGUGACCAUGAAGGCGUCGGAUCCACUGCUACUUACCCUAAAGGCACCAUGACGCUCGGUCGGGCGACGAGUCGAGCCAUGUACGGCGGUCGGGUCACGGCUAUGGGGAGCACCCCUAAUAUCGCAACGGCGGGACUCCCGCACGCCGACCUGCUGUCUUACGGCGAUCUGGGCUCACUGUCUAUGCUCCACCACCAGGGGACGCCGUCGGCCCUGCUCCGACAGGCGGUAAGGGGCGGUGGAGGUGAACUUUUGGAGCUCCAGGCGCAGCUACGGGACAUGCAGAGGGAAAACGAGUUGCUUCGGAGGGAGCUGGACCUGAAGGACAGCAAGUUGGGUUCUUCCACGAAUAGCAUCAAGAGCUUCUGGAGCCCAGAGCUGAAGAAAGAACGCGUGAUGAGGAAAGAGGAGGCGGCGCGCACUUCGAUCCUUAAAGAACAGAUGCGGGUGACCCACGAGGAGAAUCAGCACCUGUUGGACGCCAGGAGGACAAAGCACCUCCAACUGACCAUCCAGGCCCUGCAGGAUGAGUUAAGGACCCAACGCGACCUCAACCAUCUUCUCCAGCAGGAGAGCGGAUCGCGGGCCAGCGGCGGUGAGCACUUCACCACCAUCGAGCUGACCGAAGAGAACUUCCGCCGGCUCCAAGCUGAACAUGACCGUCAGGCCAAAGAGCUCUUCCUCUUGAGGAAGACACUGGAAGAGAUGGAGCUGAGGAUUGAGACGCAGAAACAGACGCUGGGAGCUAGAGACGAGUCCAUAAAGAAGCUGCUAGAGAUGCUGCAGAGUAAAGGGCUUCCCCCAGCCUCAGGGAGAGCAUCGGAUGAGGAAGAGCAAGAACGAGCCAGGCGUAUCGCAGAGGCUGAAGCUCAGCUGGGCCACCUAGAGGUGAUAUUAGACCAGAAGGAGAAGGAAAACAUCCAUCUGAGAGAGGAGCUUCAUCGGAGAAACCAACUUCACCCAGACCCUGGAAAAACUAAAGCUCUUCAGACUAUCAUAGAGAUGAAGGAUACCAAAAUUGCAUCUCUGGAACGCAACAUUCGGGACCUGGAGGAUGAGAUACAGAUGUUGAAGGCGAAUGGAUUGCUGAACACAGAGGAUCGAGAGGAAGAGAUUAAACAGAUGGAGGUCUACAAAAAUCACUCCAAGUUUAUGAAGACCAAGAUUGACCAGCUCAAGCAGGAGCUCUCGAAAAAAGAGUCAGAGCUUUUAGCUCUGCAAACAAAACUGGAAACUCUAAAUAAUCAGAAUUCAGACUGUAAACAGCAUAUUGAAGUGCUCAAAGAGUCCCUGACUGCCAAAGAGCAACGUGCUGCCAUCCUACAAACAGAGGUGGACGCUCUUAGAUUGCGUCUGGAGGAGAAGGAAUCUUUCCUUAAUAAGAAGACAAAGCAACUGCAAGACUUGACCGAGGAGAAGGGAACACUAGCUGGGGAAAUCAGAGACAUGAAAGACAUGCUGGAAGUCAAAGAACGCAAGAUAAAUGUCCUGCAGAAGAAGAUUGAGAACCUUCAGGAGCAGCUGAGGGAUAAAGAUAAACAGCUCGGGAAUCUUAAGGACAGAGUGAAGUCUCUCCAGACGGACUCCAGCAACACUGAUACUGCCCUCGCUACGCUAGAAGAAGCCCUGUCUGAGAAGGAGCGAAUUAUCGAGCGCCUGAAAGAGCAAAGAGAGAGGGAAGACCGAGAGAGAAUGGAGGAGGUGGACUCAUAUAAAAAAGAGAAUAAAGACCUGAAAGAGAAGGUCAACUCUUUGCAGCUGGAGCUAACGGAGAAAGAGUCGAGUCUCAUAGAUUUAAAAGAACACGCCUCCUCGCUGGCCUCGUCGGGUCUCAAGAAAGACUCCAAACUCAAGUCACUCGAGAUCGCAAUUGAGCAGAAGAAAGAGGAAUGCAGUAAACUGGAGACACAGUUGCAAAAGCAAGCAGAGCAGCUGUUCAGUCAAAUGAACAAUCCCAAGGCUCAUGAAGUGGAGGUGCAGCAAAGCUCACGUGGAAACCCUGAGUAUGUGGACCGGGUCAAACUUCUGGAAAAGGAGGUGUCCUUCUACAAAGAGGAGUCCGGCAAAGCCCAGGCCGAGGUCGAGAGGUUACUGGAGAUCCUGAGAGAGGUGGAGACGGAGAAAAAUGACAAGGAUAAGAAGAUCGCAGAACUGGAAAGGCAAACCAAGGAUCAAAAUAAAAAGGGCCCAGGCAUCAAGCUUGGCCCUCAGAUGGACAAGAAAGGCCCUGGGAAUAUCUUACAAGACCAACGCAAGGAUAAUCCAAUGGACAACCCAAAGGUGUGUGGGUUUUUAUAUUUAAAGGCUUUAAAUAAACCGAAAACAAGAAAAACAAAAUGUUUUCUCUUUAUUGUCUUUUACGUUUUCAUUAUUUCACAGAUGGAGGAGUUGAUGAAUGUUUUGGAGAAGACAAGGCAGGAGCUGGAUGCAACUAAGCAGCGUCUGUCCUCCACCCAACAGUCUCUGGCUGAGAGAGACGGCCAUCUGACCAACCUCCGACAAGAGCGCAGAAAACAGCUCGAGGAGAUCUUGGAGAUGAAACAACAGGCUCUGCUUGCUGCUAUCAGUGAGAAGGAUGCUAACAUUGCUUUGCUGGAGCUGUCCUCCUCCAAUAAGAAGAAGACACAAGAGGAAGUGCUGGCCCUGAAAAGAGAGAAGGACAGACUGAUGCAUCAGCUCAAACAACAGACACAGAGCAGGAUGAAACUGAUUGCCGACAACUACGAGGACGACCAUUUUCACCCUCACGCUCCGCCACCCCACAUGCAACCUCAACCCCUUCAUCCUCAACCCCAACCCCAGCCACAGUACCCGCAGCCCCAACACCCCCACCAGCCUCCUUACCCACACGCGCCCCAUCCCCAACACCCACAGCCUCCUCCCCACCACCCUCAACACCCGCAGCAGCCGCCCCAGCCUCAAUAUCCCCACCCGCAACACCCCCAGCAUCCUCAACCGCCCGGCCCACACCAGCACCCACCUAGACCCCAGCCGCCCCACACUCAGCACCCUCAACACCCUCAACACCCACAUCCCGGGGUCCCUCCGCAGCAGCACCCCCAUGGACCACCGCCUCCGCAGGGCCCCCACCCUCAGCCCAUGCCACACCAACAGCAGCACCCCCAUCACCCUCAGCACCCCGGCCCGCAGGGCCCACACCCUCGACACCCUCCACCGCACCAUCGGGGUCCAGGCCGUGGACCACCUCAUCCCGGACACCGCCCCGCCCCAGACCAGGAUGAUGAAGAAGGAAUUUGGGCAUAACUAUUUCCAAACCAAAGCUAUGAUGUUGUUUUAUGGGUUCAGUCACUAAAGGAGGAGCACAGCCAUGCCAUACAGAUGAAAUUCGACAUUGUUCACUUGGCCAGUCUUUACCUACAAUCAGAUUCAUUCUUUUGGAUGGGGCCCCAUUUUUU